GCAGAUAUCGAGCUUCUGGUACUCGGAAAAAAAAUGUGCCCCCUUGGACGGUCUUUGGUGCCCAUGCUGGAGGUAGGAGCGAUUUUGAUGUCUAUCGCUUUAAAUAAUUCUACAUUUAAGCUGAUAUUUGUGAAUAGAAAGAAGCAGAUUCCAUAAUUGCUUAUGGUUUCGAAGCCAUUAAGCGUCUUAGAACCGCGAUUGAAAGGCUGGAAAACGCGUUUGAACCGGAGAAGCUUGGUGAAAAGGCUUUGCUUAAGCUUAAAAUGAAAGAUGCCGAAUUUUGUCUAUAUGAACAGCGCUAUCAGCUGCGUCAUAUACGAUUGGCAUCUCAGUAGCGUAAAGUCAUUAUCGAUUAGUAGUUCGUGAAAGCCUGUGCCAAAACUGAACAAUUUUUAUAGGAUGCGCCGCUUGCCGCUCGUUGCCAUUAGAAACAAGCAAACUAUUGGAGAAUGUGAGCUUUUCACCAAGUACUUUGAUCCCAUCUUGGCAUCGCUAUUCUCUGAUCCUGACAGAAAAGUGCUCCUUCGCUGGUCCAACGUCAUGUCUGAUGAAAAUGACAAGAUCCGCCCUGACGCCACAAUAUCCAAGCUACGGCAGCGCGACUUUGGGCCCAGUCUUGGAUAUGGAGAGGUCAAAGUUGCACGUCCCACCAUCGAUAACCACGCGCUAUGCCACGAUCUUUUGCUUGCGCAGCUUACAUUUCCCCGGUUUUUAGAAGAGCUAGCAACAUUUGUGUCCUUGAAAAAUAUGCGCACAUUGAUGACCCACCUUCUGGCGUUUGUGUCAACCUGUCCGUGCCGCUUCUUCGUGGCAAGAAAAACGGCGCCCCACUCAUCCCUCCAUUUAUUCUUUGAUUGAUUCAACCAAAAAUUGCCACCGCUUCUGCGCCCUGCGCUUUGAAUAAAUGCAUCCAUUCAUAUAUAUCUCCACAUAC